GGGAUUUUGGUAGAUUGCAGCAGAACUCGCUCACAACAAGAAGGGGAGUCUGAGGUCGGCGCUCUGAGAUGGACCUGUCUGGAUCUUCACUCAAUCGCAGCCAAUCGCUGGCAAGCGGCCUGGAGAAGACUUCCCACACCUGGAACAAGCCAGCCCACUCUCAGAGCAGCAGCACUCUGUCAUCUCGCCACUCCAGACAGAUUAUCAAAGACUGGGAAGUAAUUGACGACCUUCAGGUUGAAAUGCAAGGAGCAGGUGAUGAUCCUCAAGACAGGGCCGCCCCGGGAAUCUGUGAAGGAUAUCUUCUCAAGAGGAGGAAAUGGCCACUUAAAGGCUGGCACAAGCGGUACUUCGUCUUGGAAGGCGGGAUCUUACGCUACUCCAAAAAUCAACAGGAUGUGGCCAGGGGACGAGUCCAGGGCUCGCUAGAUGUUAGCCUCGCAGUAAUAUCGAUAAACAAGAAAUCAAAUCGGAUUGAUUUGGAUGCAGGGGACAUUCUGUAUCAUAUGAAGGCAAAGAGUCAUGAACUCUUCUACAUCUGGGUAACCAAGCUACAAGCUCACCGCCUGUACAAGAAGAAUGAGGCGGCUCAUGUUCACAGCAGCUUCCUCCACACUUUGUCCCUUCCCACUGCGGCUGAACAAGCUCAGAGAAAUGGAGAUUUGAGUGCCACGGGGAUGGCAGAUUCAGCUGGAGCGUCAGGCGUGCUGCCGUCAGCUAACACAGCCGUGAACACAAAGGUCUCUGCCUGGCUGCAACAAAGCCACAAUCCUGACACCUGUGUUCAAGAGCUGAACCGUUGUCAUCUGGACCUUUCUGAGCUAAACCGCUUAAUCCAGAGGCUGCAGGCACUGGAGGUGGGGCAGGCCUUUACUAAUGGAGACCUGCAGCGGAUCAUCAGCAUACAGAAUCUGUCACUGGAGAAACCGAAGAAGCCGAAAUCAGGAAAGAUCUGGGGUCAUUCCCGCACACUGUCCAGAGUGGAGGCCCUGGGAAUGCUGUCCUCCAGUCACCUGAGCAACUCGGCCCACCUCGGUGCAUCAGUCCCGUGUAUCCCCGACUACGUCUACUCUCAGCUCUCCCCUUCCACGGUCAAUUCGCCCGAAGGGAAGAAAAUCCAACAGGACAUCUGCGCUAUGUCUCAACGAGUGCUCAGCUCUCUGAAGUCGGUGCAUGAGACUCUGUCCCAGGAGAGGCAGAAGCUGCAGGCAGUCUGGGACACUAACAACAUGCACCAGUCUAACACAUUAGCUCAGCCUGAGGCAGUGAGGCGUUCAUCCCAAGGACCUCCUUCGGUGGCAGACUCGGCUGCAGAAUAUUUUGAUGCCAGUGAUGACAUCCUGUGGGGCAGCUCCUCUGAGGUGUCUGAUGAAUCCGGACUUAGUGAUGGAAGCACCACCAAUUCUGAGCCAGAGGACGGACACACAUCAGCUACCCGGAAGUACCGUGCCAGCAUUUCCAGGACUCCCAACAGUGUUGUUCCCAAGAGCACGGGACGUCGAACGAAACUGCCUGUUCACUGUCCUGACAAUAGCCACGUGGGGCUCGUGGCCAUCCUCUAUAACAACAUAGGUAAAGACUUGGCUCGAGUGUCCAUGCCAGCUGUUCUCAAUGAGCCCAUUAACCUGCUGCAGAGGCUGUGUGAAGAGCUGGAGUACAGUGAGCUGCUGGAUACUGCCAACAACACAUCAGACCCCUACCAGAGGAUGGUUUACAUUGCUGCCUUCGCUAUCUCUGGCUACUCCACUGCGACGUUCAGGAACCGCUACAAGCCCGUUAACCCGAUUCUGGGGGAGACCUACGAGUGUAUCAGAGAGGACCGAGGUUUCCGCCUCAUCAGUGAGCAGGUCUGCCACCAUCCUCCUAUCUCUGCCUGCCAUGCAGACUCAGAGAACUUCUCCUUCUGGCAAGACCAGCGAUGGAAAAAUAAAUUCUGGGGGAAGUCGCUGGAGAUCCUGCCAACAGGAAUGGUAAACGUGACUCUGCCGAGGUAUGGUGACCACUAUGAGUGGAACAAAGUAGUGACUUGCAUCCAUAACGUCUUCAGCCAGCAGCGAUAUCUGGAGCAUUACGGAGAGGUCAUCAUCAAAAACCUCAAAAGUAACAUCUGCACAUGCAAGAUUACUUUUGUCAAGUCUCGUUAUUGGGGUUCAGAAACGAAUAAGAAUGAGGUUCAGGGCGUGGUGUUGGACCAAAGUGGGAGUGCCAUUCACCGGUUUGGAGGUCUGUGGCAUGAAGGCAUCUUCUGUGACACUCUGCCGACUCCGAAAUGCAUCUGGAAGCCAAAUCCACAGCCAAAGGAUUACCUGCUGUACUAUGGCUUCUCCAGCUUUGCCAUGGAGUUGAAUGAACUCCCUUCAGACUUGAAGCCUCUUCUGCCUCCUACAGAUACACGCCUGCGCCCAGACCAAAGAAUGCUGGAGGAUGGAAGGGUGGAUGAAGCUGACAUAAAGAAGGACGAGAUGGAAGAAAUGCAGAGAGAGAGGAGAAAAGAGCUCGCCAAAAGGGGUGAAGAACACGUUCCACGUUUUUUCAAGAGAUCCAAAGAUUCCUCUGGACGGGACGUGUGGUUGACAAACGGAACUUACUGGAAACUUCGAGAAAAUCCAGGGUUUGCUAACCUUGAAAACUUAACUCUGUGGUGAUGAGAUGAGACUGCAGAAAUGAGUGGACAAAACCACAUGAAAGGACGAGAUCAGUGGAUAUUCAGCCGUGGAUAUUCUGGACAGCACGUAUGAACCACUCGGAGAGUGAAGAUAGUGCUGCGGAUCUGUUCUUGAUUCUUCUGCACACCCGUGACUGGCUCAUGGGAAUCUUCAGAUACCCAACAAACAUUAAUGGAAAUAAAAAAAAAUCUUAUUCGUUUAA